UGAGAUGAUCUGCUGUCAAGAGACUACAGUGUAAGGAUUUCUAGAGCAGUUCUUUUCCCAGAAGACCCCAGUCUGUGAUGAAAUGUAGGCUUGGAAGGUGAUGAGAGACAAUUGGGGCUGGAUUAAAGAGGAGGAGAAGGAGGGGAGUGGAUCAAAUUCUGCAGCCCCAUGUACAGCUGGGGAGGAAGGGAGCCUAGAAGAGUGAGCGAUAGGUGUGAGAGAGACGCUGACAGAUGGGGAUGAGACAGACAGGAACGUGUAGGAGACACAUUGCAGGAGACUGAAGAAAUAGCUGGAGUCAGCCUGAACAAGUUUGAAUGGGAAUGACAGAUUUCUGAAGAUGAGGUGGCACGCUCUUCUCUAUGCUGAAAGUCUGAGGCAUUAGAGCAGACAGGAUGGAGGGAGCUGUUCCCGCAGAUAUAGGGGAGGCAGGAGAAGAGAAUGAGUAAUUUGAGGGAGGAACAAAGAAAAGUUCAGUCGGGUUUAAGAAAAGUCAGAGGAAGCGUAGAGACCUCUGGAGUCAAAAACUGUGCCAUCCGUGGAUCCAUCAGCUGGCACCCAUGACAAUCCAUUCAGCUCUUACUUUCUGGCUAGUGCUGGUCACCCCCGCCUGGGUGGUGAGAGGUCACCCACAGUGUCUGGAUUACAAACCCCCAUUUCAGCCCUCAAAACCCCUGGCUUUUUGCACAACUUAUUCCUCCUUUGGAUGCUGUGAUGCAGAUAAGGACAAAGCUAUUGCUGAUAGGUUCCGCUACAUCACUGAGUUCCUGGACCACACUGGGGUCAGCGUCUGUGGAGAGUACAUCCGGAAUAUCCUGUGCCAGGAAUGUUCACCCUAUGCAGCCCAUUUAUAUGAUGCAGAAGAUGCCAACACUCCUCUUCGUGACCUCCCUGGUCUAUGUGGUAAUUACUGUACAGAAUUCUGGUUCCGGUGCCGGUCUACACUAAGUCUGAUCGUUGAGGACCAAGACCUAUCAGCUAUAGAAAGUGAUGUUGUUAAAUUCUGUCGUCUCCUGACAAUAGACGAUGUAAAUUACUGUUACCCCAAUGUCUUGACGAAUGCAGAACUAAACUCUGGCCUUGGGAACAUGCAGGAGGAUGAAGACGGAUGUCUUCAGUUGUGCUUACAAGAGAUAGCCAACGGACUACGGAAUCCAGUUGCUAUGGUGCAUGCCAGUGAUGGAACCCACCGCUUCUUCAUAGCAGAGCAAAAGGGCUAUGUAUGGGUCUAUCUCCCAAAUGGUUCAAGAGUGGACAAACCUUUCCUUAAUGUUUCCAAAGCUGUUCUUACAUCCCCUUGGGCAGGAGAUGAAAGGGGAUUUCUGGGUAUUGCUAUGCACCCCAAUUUUCGACACAAUGGAAAAUUCUAUGUUUACUACUCUAUCUAUGCAAAGAAGGAGGAGAGGAUACGAAUUUCUGAGUUCCACGUAUCUACUGAAGACAUGAACAUGGCGGAUCACAAAUCCGAACGAGUUAUCAUAGAGGUCACGGAGCCUGCAUCUAAUCACAAUGGUGGCCAGAUCCUGUUUGGAGUAGAUGGAUAUUUGUACAUAUUCACUGGGGAUGGUGGACGAUCUGGAGACCCAUUUGGAGAAUUUGGGAAUGCUCAAAACAAGUCCUCUCUCCUGGGCAAAGUUCUACGUAUUAAUGUUACAGGGAAUGACAAGGGCCCACCAUACCGCAUACCAAUUGACAAUCCCUUUCUGAGAGACCGUAAAGCAAGACCUGAGGUCUUCGCCUAUGGUGCCAGGAACAUGUGGAGAUGUUCAGUGGACAGGGGAGAUCCAAUCACCAGGAAGGGUCAUGGACGCAUUAUUUGUGGUGAUGUGGGCCAGAACAAAUUUGAGGAGGUGGAUCUCAUCCAGAAGGGAGGAAAUUAUGGCUGGAGAGCAAAGGAAGGGUUCUCUUGUUAUGACAAAAAGUUGUGUAACAAUGCUUCACUUGAUGAUAUCUUACCAAUAUUUGCCUAUCCACACUCACUUGGGAAGUCAGUGACCGGAGGCUAUGUCUAUCGUGGAUGUCAAAUGCCCAAUCUUGUAGGACGUUACAUCUUCGGGGAUUUCAUGAGUGGACGCCUAAUGUCUCUGAGAGAGGAGAAGGAUGGGAAACAGUGGAACUACACAGAAAUCUGUAUGGGAUCCGGCCAAACCUGCAACUUCCCUAAACUGAUCAAUGCCUACUAUACUUAUAUCAUAUCAUUUGGAGAAGACGAGGCAGGUGAACUGUACUUUUUGUCCACGGGAACGCCCAGUGCAGCAGUGGCAGCAGGAGUCAUGUACAAAAUAGUGGACCCGUCAAAAAGAGCUACUCCAGGCAAAUGUGCAUUUAAUCCUCGACCUGUCCCUGUCAAGGGAAAACUGGUGGAUUUCUAUCCAAAGCAAAAACUCAUUCUAAAGUCUACAACUAUGACAACUGAGUCCACUCCAACCUCAAGCUCGGCCAGAUUGCAUGACACAACCAGAUUCAGCACAACAUUAAAACCUCACUUUAUUGCUACAUCUCCUGCAAGCACACCAUACAGGAGAAUGACUACCCCUGGAUAUGUUACAGCUGCCCCUGUCCCUAAGCCAACAACGCCAAAGAAAGGGGUAACACCAGUCCCAAGGACAGAGAAAAGUUUAGUAACUGUGGCUAAGAAAGGAGGAAAGGUUACUGUGUCCUCCCGGUCUACAAGUCAAUGGAUUCCCACCAAAGGUUGGCAGAGUGAACUAAAAGAGGUCUUCAUCACCACCAAUAAAGGAAGAUCACACUCGAGCUUUACUCCCAACCAGGGAACGUCCCACUCAAGGUACACGUCCCACUUAAAGACCACAUCCCCAGCUCCUACAAGAAGAACCUUGGCAGGAAGUAAGACUACAGGCAAGAAAGGCCCAGGCGUAAAACGGAAGAAGAAAAUCUUGAAGAAGCAAAAAGUAAAGAUCAUGAAAAAAAUUAAACAUGGGACUGUCCGUCUGAUCAAUGAAGAUAAAAAGCCUGACCGAGGAAGGGUGGAGAUCCACAUUAAUGGAGAAUGGGGGACCGUCUGCAAUGACAGAUUUGACAGCAAGGCAGGCUCCGUGGUGUGCAGGCAGUUGGGGUACCCCUAUGUAUUGAAGGUUUCCAGAAAAGCUGAAUUUGGGGAGGGCAAGGGAUUGAGAAUUCUCCUGGAUGAGGUGAAAUGUCAUGGGUGGGAGAAAACCCUUUUGGAGUGUCGAAGGUCAAAGAUUGGGGAACAUGACUGUGCCCACGAUGAGGAUGUUGGAUUGGUGUGUGGGAUGGAGGAUAGACACUUGGAUAAAGACCUAUGAACAUAGCAAAUAACUUUUUUGAUUUCUUUUUCCCGAGACUUCUAGAUAGUGAUAAGCUGUAGGGGCAAUAUUCGAAUUUGCGAUAUUUUGUAGAAUAUUCGUCAUAUAUUCAUGAAUUCGCGAAUUCAAGAUUAUAUUCUUGAUUGCGAAA